AUGGCCCAACUGUCCACCUCAGUCUACCUGCUGGGAGGCCUUUUGGGCCUGUUUCUGCUAUCACCUGUUCUGAUGGCCCUGACACCAGCCAGCAUGUGCACACCCUUGAGGACGCUCAACAACAGCCUCAGCCACAGGCGACGGUACAUGAAGCACAACUUCCCCAUCAACUACACUAUUAGGGUUCAUCAUAAGGAAAUCUUUAAACUGUCAGACAUCAAUAGAAUGAGGUUACAUGUGAAGGGGUUGGAUGAGCUGGUUCUCCAGAGGUUGUGGUUCCAGGUCAACCAAGGCGUGUUAAAAAAGAUCAUCCGGGUUAUGCCAGAGAGACAUCCUUCACGUCCAUACACCACUGAGUUGGAAAGACGCUUCAGGGAUGCAGAGGGUGUCCUUGUACAGUCACAUCCCGCUGAGGUGUUCCAGCAGGAGCUUGCAGAGACUAUUCAGGACACUUGGGAUCAUUUAACAGAAGAGCCUGACAGAGUGCCAGAGUCCAGCUGGCGAAUUGCUUCACCAAAGACUCUCCUGGAUAACUUCUGCCACACCAUGCACUGCCUCUUCAGCGAGUGCUUUGCCAGCACAGAAGAACCGUGGGACUACUGCAGUGUUUCCCAUUGGAGGAAAGGCAGAUAG